AUGGAAAUCUUCAAGUCUAUUGAUGUGCUGAUCAUAGGAGCAGGGCCUGCUGGAUAUACGGCUGCUAUGACCCUCCAGCGAUAUGGGGUAGACUUCCUGAUGAUUGACGAGCAUGCUACUACUCAGGAGGCUGCCCAUCCAAGCCUGAUUCAACCGCAGACGCAGGAGAUAUUUCACGCGAUGGGCAUACUGGAGACCUUGGACAGUAAAGGGUGCCGGAUUUCAGAGUCUUCGCUUUGGGAGGUCCGCGGAAACAGUGGGCAAGUUGCAAGAGCCUCCACCUUUCGCCUGGCCGAGAAAACCCAGAAGUUUCCCUACCUUUUGAGUAUUGGUAAAGGCGUCGCAGAGGAGACCUUCGAGGGUAUCAUACACUCCAAAGGCCAGUUCAUUCAGCGCAACAAAAAGCUCCUGGCAUACCGGUACAGUGGAGAGCAAUCUUAUACAGAUUGGCCUGUCACUGCCUUCAUUCAAGACCUACGUUCUGGUUCGGUUGAAACCUGGUCUUUCAAAUACAUCAUAGUUGGUGAUACGGCCAAGGACGAUAUAAAUGUUGCCCGCGAUUGGGGAGAGCUCCCGAGAGUGAAGCCUUCUUGGUUGGUUGCUGAUGUCGUCCUUGAGUGCAAUUUCACCGAUCUGCGCCGUCUCUGCUCUGUCAUCGCCCCUAUGGGAACAUUUAUGUCGAUGCCCGGCAAAGAUAAUCGCACCCGCAUUUUCUUCCAGCUGACCCAACAGGAGAUUGUGAAUGUCAAGAGCCCAAAUUUUGAUAUUGAGGAUGGUUUGCAUGCAAGCGAGUCGUUCAAACUCCAGGGGAUCCUUUCACAACGUCUUUCAAACGGCCUUUUUCCUCGAGUCGCCAAGGUGACCGAAGUUGUGACUAUCGGGCAGUAUGAGCCUGCUCGUUUUCUCAAUCACGUACUUCAUGAUGGCCGCCGUAUCUUCACGAUGGGUGUCUAUUCCUGUAACCACAACAUCGAGACUGGCCUGGGCAUCAACGCCAGUUGUGGAGAUGCCUACAAUCUUACCUGGAAGCUUGCUUUGGUUCUGAAGGAUAUGGCAAAGCCGGAAUUGCUGGCGACAUAUCAAAUCGAGAGAGAGAACCGUCAAUUCCAGCUCCAGCGUCUGGAGGACCGAUUCAAGAGCUUGUUGGGUGGGGUAGAAUGGUGUUCCAGUCGCGCCUCAGUCUUUCAAGAGUGGGAGCAUUUUGUCCGGUCCACAAUGGACUAUGACGACCAAUACCCGCGUACUUCUCUAUCCGUUGACAUUCGCGAGAUGAGACUGAGCCAGCAGGCACCUCACCCACCCAUGCGUGGGCGGCGUCUCUAUCCCAUCGAUCUCAUCCGUCACGUCGAUGGCAACCACGUCAACCUGCUGCAUGAGAUGCCCUCCAAAGCACGAUUCCAUAUCCUUGUCUUCGCGGGUGAACUGAUCACUUCUAGAGUUGUCGCAGCCCUCGGCGAAAAAUUGGUGUCAAGAACAUCGCCCUUGAAUACCUUCAACAGGACGGACUGCAUGCAGACUACCCCCUUCUCCCAUGAGGACAUUUACACUGAGUCAGGUCCCUGCACAAACUGGGGCUACGUCAUCGACCUUUCCUUCAUCCAUACUCAAGACCACGUCUCGUUUGAAGUCAAGAAUCUUCCCUCUCCGUUUUCCACGGUUUGGAGUGACAGGGUGUAUGAAGAUCCAGCGGGCAAGGGUCAUGCACAGCUCGGCAUUUCUCUGUCUCAGGGUGCAUUGAUCCUCGCCAGACCAGACGGAUACGUGUCUGCAGUGACGAGACUCGAAUAUCCCGAAGACUUUACUGCCUGCCUUAAAGCAAUCUUGAAGCCACAGCCUGGUGGUCUCUAG